UGAUAUAAAGGUAUCUUGCUACAUCGGCCUUGAUGCCAGUGAAAGAGGUGAAGAUGAAUUCGAAGAUGCGUUUGCCCGUUUUGACGGUGGUGAUAUCACUCUUAGCAGUAGCUCAAUCGGCGCCCUUUCCUAAUUGGGAGGACACAAAGCCAGACUAUUUCUUGCAACCUCAGGAAUUAGCUCCAACCAUCCUGAGUUGCUACGAGUGCACAACGAAUUGUCCCACAGUUCACACAUCAGCAACUUGUAAAGCAGACUUCAGCUGUUACACGCUGCAGGCGUUUGACACCAUGCUGAACGAGUCUGUUUUCAUCAAAGGGUGUAUUCCAGCGUUCUUCUGCACUGAAAACCAUGGGUGUAAUUACAUGAACCAAUCUCUUGGUGGUGCUCUUGGGUCUUGCUCAAUCAGUUGCUGCGACGUUUCGUUAUGCAACGCUGGUACUCGGACAGCUACAGCUCCAUCUAUGAUUACCACCAGUCCCCCUACGACGACAACAGCUCCGCCGACAACCACUCCAGCUCCAACAACCACCCAGCCCCCGACAACUACUGCACCUCCAACGACACUUCCAACGACAGUGCCAACAACAAUACCGAGUCGAACUGGGUUAUGCGGUGGUCCGCUGGCCAGUCCAACAGGACACUUUGCAUCCCCCAAUUAUCCUCGCUACUAUCCUAACAACGCCUACUGUGAAUGGAAAAUCCACGUUCCACUAGGAUCUGUACUCAAGAUCGACUUUCUCUUCUUUAAAACCGAAGAAUGCUAUGAUUUCCUUGAAAUUUAUGUGGGCAGACGUUUGGUCCGGUACCUAACCGGGGACGACAUUGAUGACGAUGAUGACGACGACGACGACGAUGAUAUACGAGAUUGUGAUGAUAAGGAUGACAAGGAUGGCAAGGGUUAUGGAAAAGAUAUUUUUAGCUGGUUUUUCUUCAAAGAUGAAGAACUGGUUAAAGAUGAAGAACUAGACGACGACACUGUCAGCAUCCAGGGAACGGGCGAGAUGGUCAGACUUAUCUUUAGCUCCGACCGCAGUGUUACAAAGAGAGGGUUCUUUGCCAAAUACAAUGUGAUGCAAGCCAUUUGUGGAGGACGAUUGCCGUUUCCAUCCGGGAGCUUUAGAUCUCCUGGUUACCCUGACAACUAUCCAGACGAUGUCAAGUGCGUGUGGACAAUCACUGUGCCACCUGGAUCAGUGCUAGAGCUAGAAUUUCGCUUCUUCGAAACAGAGAUAUGUGAUGAUUACGUCAUGAUUCUUCAAGGGGGUCGUAAGGUGCGUCGCUUGAGUGGUGUGUACCGCUAUGGUUUGUUAGGAUGGGGAGAUGAUGAUGAUGAUUGUGAUGACGAUGGCCAUGAUGGUGAUGGCGAAGAUAAGGGUGAUGGUGAUGGUGAUGGUGAUGGUGAUGGUGACUACAGGAGAAGUGAGCGUGUGAAGAGAAUGUUCGGCUAUCCUGGACGCAGCCGAUUUGGCUUCCCGAUGAGAAGCCGCCAUGUCCCUCCAUACGUCGUACGAGUGACCAUCCCGGGGACAGGCGAACUAAUAGCGAUUAUUUUCAAAUCCGAUGAUGACGAUGACACUGAAAAGGGCUUUGAAGCUGUGUACCGUGUUUCUCAAGGCGCUGUUUUUGGUUGAAGGUGACGUGAAGGCCAGGCGAAAUGAUAUUUUGCAAUCUGUUGUCAGCUUUUAAUUAUUUCUUUUAUCGUGUUUUGCAUUUACUUUGCAUCAUAGUUCCAAUUAGAUUUUCAUUCAUUGUCUGUUUAUCUUAGCUGUUAGUGAGAUAAUCAGUUAAGAAAGUAGUGUUUUAAGAAAAAUAUCAAGCUAUGUUUUUUAACGUUCUCAUUUUUUAUUUUCUUUGCGUUGAUUUAUUUCAAAGACACGGCAACUGAUAUUGCCAAACGAAUAAUUUGUUAAUAAGCCCUGCAACUCAGCUCAAGAAACAUCUUUGGAGCUCGAGAGGCCAACAUCAAAAGAAAUUGUGUGUUUCACACGAUGGGUCGUUUCCCCUAAUCUGAAAAAGAUAAAAUGCAAAUUCUUAAGUACACUGCCUGAACAUGAAUAUGUGAUAUAAAACCAUGUCUCACAAUGGUCAGAUUGAUGUUUUUUGAAGUCUCUUAAAAGGGUUAGGUCGUGAUAUUUUAGUGCUAGUCAGUUCCGUAUGCUUUCGUUAAUUUCACUUUCCAAAAGCCGAAUUACACGAAACAGAAUCUUCCAUGGACAAAAUCACGGUAAAAGGUAGCAAACAAGGAUGAUUCCAAAGCAUUGUAAAUAACACUUUCUAUACAAGUUGAUAUAUAAUUGAAAAAGUUAGAGCCGAUAUUUUUCAAGUGAGUAAGUCCCAAUAGGUCACGUUCGAUAUAUCAAUAUUCUAACAUGGCUCCGAGGCUUUCAGGACAAACUUCUAUAUUUGGUGUUGUUUCCUUUGUAUCUAAGUCUCUUUUGAGAAUUGAGAGACAAAAGAAACUUAAAAAAUUUACAAUUUUGACCCGAAAGCCUCGGAGCCAUUUUAGAAUAUUGAUAUACCGAACGUGGCCUAUUAAUGACAUAUUAUACAAAACAAUCCCAGCAGGCUUCGCAAUCAGAAGGAUCGUGAUGUCCUUUAUGGACAAAACUAGUUUUAAUGCUGUUCAGAUUGGGCUUAUCAUGUCAAGCGGAACUUCACUAAUAUUAAAGCAGUAGUACUGAAACGUAGAGGGUAUUAAGCGUGUCCAUAAAUGUAUCUUUUUAUGUAACUAACAUGGUGUGAUGACUUAAUACAACGCGUUAAUUGACCCAUGACAUCCAACAAGAAGCCGUCUUUUUUAAUCUGCCAGUUUGGACUGCCAAUUUGUAAAAUUUAACAAUAACUGCAUGAAAGUUAUUGUGGAUAUGUUACAGUGGAAAGUUUAAUAAAACACAAGAAAAUUCCAAAUCUGUAGAAACAGUCUUGCAAAAUACAGUUGUCAUGGAAACAUCAAGUUUCAAUACAUAUAAUGGCAAAUCAUGUUAUGUUCCCGGUUAAAUUCCUUGAUCAUACGAGAACUUGCCAACAUUUUUUCCAGCCAAAUAAGAUUAGUUGCGCGGUGGUUGCAAGAUUUGGCACAAAUAGUUUUAAGUCCAUUUCCCAGUAUAUCAAACUAACAGCAUCGCAGGACAUGUAAGGAAUGGCAGAUGAAAAGAUCCUCGUGAUUUUAUAAAAGGGAACAAAAAAUCUUGUAGAAUAAUUGCAUGCAAGCACUGAUGGAGCCAUAGUAAGUGCCUUGAACUCCGGCAUCUGGGUGUCUAUGAGAGCCUCCCGCGGUUUUUUGGGGAACAAGGGAACACGAUCAUUUAUUUCAAGGGAGCAAGAGACAUUUUUGAGACCACUUUGAGGAAACAUUUGAGGGAUAUCUCUACUUUGAAAAGAACUUUGAAAAAUAAAAUUAAGGAUCAAUGGAAUUUAUCAAUAGGGAGCAAGAGACUGUGAUAUCUCGUACGGAACAAGGAAGAAACACAGGUGAAAUUUUCAAGGGAUCAAGGAAACAUGCUAUCCCCUCCCCCUUCCUUCCCUUAAAGCCGCCUUCCCGCUCUGUCGUUCUCCUUGCAGUUCUCCUCAGUCUGGAAUGAAUUACUUUAUUCCGGCAGGAGCCCAUAACUAGGAGCGUACAGCUACUCCAUAAUUCUGUCACGGCGUUUUCACAGACCGAUCUAUUUUUAUAAAAUGCCGUUUAAGCAAGCAACUGGAAUGAUGAUCCUGCUGGUAUACUUUGGAUCAAUAGUGAUCUAGUCGGCUUCACUUACAAACUGAAUAAUAUAAAAGCAGAAACCGACACAAAGUGGGAUGAAUUGUUGAAGGUGUACUGUAUUUCGGCUCGCCAAACCAGCCUUCUUCAGGUACCAUA